AGCGCGCACAGCCUGUAAUCACUCUAAUCUCUGUGAGUGUUUUUGCUCUGUUGAGUUGCUUUGUGUUCUGCUCUGACAGUGUUUCUCAACACAUGAAGGCCGGUAUCUUAUUUAAAACUGCCUUUACAUUAUUAUACAGGUUUUUGUACGACAGAAACGUCAUGAAUUAUGGAUCACUCAGAAGAUAACGAGAAUUGCCGGUCAGUUUCAUAGCAGAACAGCAGAAGAAAACCUGCGUCACUUGAGGAACCCUGUGCUCGUCCAGCUGCCAUGGCUGCGCUGAGGUCGUCUAUGCUGGAGUGCCAUGAAAAGAGAAUGAGGCCCAUCAGAGUUGCAUGAUGGUCUAGCUCCUCCCACUCUCCUUCAGGAUGUUGGCCUCAGUGGUCUCCAGUAAUAACGGAGGGCGAGCGCUUACCCUGAAGGGUGUUGACCCGGAAACAUGUAUGAUAGUCUUCAAAAACCACUGGACACAGGUUUUGAGGAUCUUGGAGAAGCACGACCCGGGCCGUGGCGGUGGCGUCGGUCUGCGGUUCGGUCCGAUCCCUGGCGACGAGGCGAGCGCCGUGCAGAACUACGUGGAGCACAUGCUCUUCCUGCUGAUGGAGGAAGAGAGCGGUCAGGGCGGGGCCAUGGGGACCAUCCUGGAGUUCGUGGUGGUGGAGAACGUGAUGGAAAAGCUGUUUCUGUGGAGCCUGCGGCGGGAGUUCACCGACGACAUGAAGCUGGAGCAGCUGCGCAUGUACAAGAUGCUGGUGGCUCAAGCCAAACAACCGCUGCUACACCACAAACCCAUCCUCAAACCUCUGAUGAUGCUGCUGUCCGCCUGCUCCAGCUCCUCCACUGUGGGGCCCUCCUCCUCCUGCACCAUGGGGCCCACUGCUCCUGGCAAAAGCUGCAGCUCCGCAGCAGGGCCUACCUGCACCGUGGGGCCCGCUUACGCCGUUAGCGGCAGCUCUGCGGUGGAGGCGGAGCUGGUGUCUCUGCUGCAUCAGCUGUGCCGUGUGCUGGUGAAGGACGCCUCCGUGCUGGAGCUCUUCUUCCACAGCAGUCAGGAUCAGGGCGCCGCCAACUUUCUGCUCUUCUCUCUCCUCAUUCCAUUCAUCCACCGUGACGGGACGGUCGGCACGCAGGCCAGAGACGCCCUCACCCUCAUCAUGAGCCUCUCGUCUCAGAACAGCCUGGUGGCCAAACACAUCGUGGAGAACACGUACUUCUGCCCGGUGUUGGCUACGGGUCUCAGCGGUCUGUAUUCGGGUCUGCCGGCUAAACUGGAGGUUUACAGUGACGGCUGGUUCUGUCUGGAGAAACACGACUGGCUGCAGGUUCCAGCGCUGUUUCAGUUCCUCAACUCGCUGCACUUCUGCUGCACCGUGUGCAAGGUGGCUCACCCGUCCAUCAGAGAUCAGCUCCUGGGCUACAUCUAUAAUGGUUUUCUACUUCCUGUCAUGGCUCCUGCACUACACAAGCUGACUCUGGAGGAAGUGAUGACGACAACGGCUUAUUUGGAGCUCUUCCUGCGGAGCAUCUCUGACUCCGCCCUCCUCCAGACCUUCCUCAUUUUCAUCCUCAGGCAUCGCCAUGACAACGUUAACAUCCUGGACACGCUGGUCAGCAGGAUCAACACUCCGUUUCAGCUGGGUACCGUCUCUCUGGCUCUGUUCCGCACUCUGAUUGGUCUGUAUUGUGAAGACGUCAUGUUGCAGUUAAUUCUCAGGUAUCUGAUCCCCUGCUCUCAUCUGACGUGCGCUGAGAGACACAGACUGAGAGAGAGAGACUGUUACUCCAUCACUGCGUCUGCGCUGCUCUCUCUCACGCCCUCCUUCUUCAUUCCCAAACCCUGCUCCUCUCCGACGCAGCCGCCCAAACCCGACUACAUCCUCUGGUCAAAGGUCACCGAGGGCCUGCUGAGGGGGAACAUGGGGAUGGAGGAUCUGUUCUCAGGUGGCGAUAGUGUGGGAUUUUCCCGAAUAACUGCUUCAGAGCCCUUGAUGGAUAAGAACUACCUUCAUUACCUGUAUGACGCGCGCAGAGCAAUCUCUACCGGCGUCCAGGCGUGCGGCGUGUGGUCGGCUCCGUACGACGGCCUCAAUCCGUCCCCGGACGAGUACGAGGACGACGACGAGUGUCUUCCUCUCUCCGCUCAAACGCCGACGCCCCAUCCGCCUUCGGACAGCAGCUCCGCCGGCGACCGCGAGCGGGUCGAGCUGGAGUGGGACGACACUUACGACGCCGCGCCGGACGGAGAGGCGAUCCCAGAACACCCGACCCCAGACGAGCCGCCGAAACACAUCCAAGAAAUGCGUAAAAGUGCCAUCAUGCUGAUUAAAGGAUCUUACAUCGAGGAGUCCGACUUUCAGGACGAUGUUUUGGUUUAUAAUCUGAUCGCGCAAAAAGAUGCGCGAGACGACCGGCGGACGUCCGCCAAGAACGGCCUGAACAAACAAACUUACAUUCAGACGCACGCUAAUCACAUGACCAGUGAUCAUAAUCCAGUCAAUAACGCGCCGCUCAUAAACGGACACGCUUUUGAAGAACCGAAACUGGAGCUGGAAGCUGAUGCUGCGAAUCUGGACCACAAUCGCAACGAGAGCAAAACACCCGCGGCGGACGACUUCGUCUCGCAGUGUCUGGAGCUCAUUCGCGCUUUGGGCGGAGAGGAAGACGCCGUCAUGGAGGAUGAAGAGCAACUGCUGGAUCUUCUGCAUGAGGAGGAUGUGGACUUCAGCUCUUUCUGUGACGAUCAUGAAGGUGAAGAUGAUGCCGAUGAAGAGCUGAACAGAAACCACAGUGGGAAACACGGGAUCUCCUUUACAGGGCCGUUCAUCAGCGUCCUGCUGUCUCGUCUGGAGAACAUGCUGGAGAACUCCAUUGAAGUCAACCUGCUGGUUACAGGGAUUUUAGCCCAGCUGGCCACAUACCCACAACCGCUGCUGCGAGGGUUCCUGCUGAACACCAGACCCGUGUUUCAGGCCGGUGUGCGCUCACUCUACCAGGUGCUGCAGUCGGUGGGCUGUCAGAUCGAACAGCACGCGGCGUCCAGUCCGGAUUUUCCCGAGCUGGUCCGUGAAGCCGCCCAGUACCUGCUGCUCAAAGACCAGGCCUUAAAAGAGCAAGAGAGCGACGUCCACCAGCAGGACAGCAGCGCCAGCUGGUUUCUGAACGGCCACGUCUCGGGUCGUCCACGCAAACCUCUUCCUCCGUGUCCCAAAAUCCCGCCGCACCUGCGCAACAGAGUGUUCGCUACGUUUCUGUUCGGCGAGUUUCUGAAGGAGCUGGCGGCCAUCGCACAAGAGCACUCCAUAUUACCGGAGCGGACGGCGGAGGAGUGAAACACCUCAGACUGUGAGUUUCCCACAAUCAAAUGCAAACGCCUCUCUCGCUCGUUCCCACCGGUCGGUUUUGACCGCGAACAGCCAAUGUGUCACUUUUUAUUUUAAUGACUACUUAAACUUAACGAAUGAAAUCCAAUUUUUUUGUUUGUUUGUUUGUUUGUUUGUUCAUAUUGCAUAUCUAGUCCCCAGCCAACAAAAAUAUGUUCUAAGAAUGUUUUGCAAACGUUCCCAUUAAGUUAUAAAAACGUUAUUAUUUAACGUUCUCAGAACGUUCCGUUUUUUAAAAGUUUUAAAAACAUUUUUUUCUUAAUUAUGUGAAUGUCAAGGUUCCAUUUUAUCAUUCUGCAAACGUUUAUUCCAAACGUUCUGAGAACGUUCCCUGUCAGCUGGGUCACCUUUUUUGUUAGAAAAAACAAAAUUUGGUAAACCUCACUAGCAUUUAGUUGAGCUUGACGCUACGGUUCAUUUGUCUGGCUUGGAGGUUCUGGUUUACGGUUCAUGUGAACUCUGGUACAGUUUCUAAUUGCUAUUAAAGUGUUGUGCUAUUUUAAAGGUUCCUAACUUUGUUCUGGAGUCUCCUACAAUAGAUUUACAUGCAUCAAAAGUCAAAAAACGCUUCAAUUCUCUCAUAAUAUCCACUGCAGCAUCAGCUCUUUUCUCUCAGUGUCUGAAACGGUUCGUUCAAAGAUUCGGUCUCUCUAAACCCCGCCUUUCAGAGAGCCUACUCUGCUCUGAUUGGUCAGAAGCUCCAGUAUGUUGUGAUUGGUCGGAAACCAAGCACUCAUUAGCAUAUCUGAAUCUCAACAAUAACAGUUUAACUGUAUCAAUCUCAUCAAAGUGGAUUUGCUUUAGCAGCGUCUUCUCGACAUGAACAACACGAACUCUUCCAGUCUCAGAUACAACUAUAGUGAUUGAGGGCGGAGCAAAGCAGACGUCGUUUGCGGGCAGCCAAUGAAAACCAUAGACUGGCUUUAUGCAAAUGUAACAGGAAGUGAAACUGGAAUUACUGACGACUCGUUUCAGGCAGUUCAGAAUCGCUUCUUUUGAACUUUGCAGACAUUUUACACUCACAAACAGCUUUAUUGCACACUACAUGAAAGGAACAAGCAUAAAAGGGCGCUUUAUAGCAAUCCAGACCUCAUUUGUGCAAAUGAACCUUUAUUGAUAAAUAAUUUGAUUCGUAUAAUCACAAUGCCUACCUUAAAGGAACAGUGCACCUCAAAAUGAACAUUUACUCACUCUCACCGUUUGAAAAGAUUCAGGUUUUUGUUUGAGAAAACGCCUGUCAAGAUCCAAAAAAGAUCAGUCCAUGUGACUCGUGCUUUAUUAUUGUGAAUUAUUAUUUCUCAAAGUGAGUAAAUAAGCACAUUUACGUUUUUGAGUGAGCUAUUCCUUUAAAAACCAAACUGUCAGCUUUUCUUUUGUUGAUUUCUUGUUUGUGAUUUACGUUUAUGUCUUAUUUCAUUACUUGUGUAUAGAUUAAUCACUGUAAUUAGAUGUUUAUCAGUGAGUUUUUACAUUUCAGACAUAAAGUAUCUUAUUUGUCUGUGUGAACCUUCAUGUGACUGUGCAUUCGUCUCAAAACACAUUCAUUACAACUACUGCAUUCAGCCAAUUCAUCUGGAAACUAAUGUGAUAUUUAUUUAUUCAAGUCAACAUGAAAUGGCACUUACAACUCAUUUUACUUGUGUGUAAAUUCAGUGAGAAAAUGUAGAUUUUCUUCAUGAGGAUUUGAUUGGAUGGUGAAAGUGUUUCUAUAUGAAGGUGGUUGGAAAAGAUUGUAACAUUAUGAAGACAUUUAGAAUAACAUGCACUGAUGAAUCAUUCAUAAUAAGACCAGGAACAUGAAUUAAGAAAGUGAAUCGAUUUGACUUUGAUUUCAUGUUGACUUCACGCACUUAUUAAAAUGUUUUAUGUUCAUUCAUGUCAACCUGAUUUGUCGAGAUAUUUGAUUGUAUUGAAGCCAAUGGGAAUUUUCUAGGCCAAUGUGAGAUUUUAAUCCACUGUGUUUGUUACAUGAUGCUGCUUGUAACAUUUAAUAUUCCGCAGUUCAAAACUGUCACUGUUGUCACUUUAAAUUCUGUCAUUUUCAGCUACAAAUGACUGAGAAUUCUAGAACUCGAAUCUAACGAGAAGAAUUCCAGAAUUCAAAUGCAACUCCAAAUAUUGAGUACGGCUGCAGAUGAUGUGAAGCCUUAUUUUGAUGUGUAUUUGUACAUUUACAAUUUGUUGAAUCUGUAAAGGAGAUGAUUUUUGAAAUGUUUUAUGACCUGUUGUCAAUGUAAAGUUUUGUACACAUAUUUUUACAGAACAAUCAGUCACGUGGACCACAGAAAAUGGUUUGUUUUUAAUAUUAUUCUGCCCCCUGGUGGUAAAUUAAAACUCCAUUUGUGGUGUAUAUUUA